AAGGAGACCAGAACCUCAGCUCUUUCAGCUAGCUUCUGACAAUCUAACAGGGUCACCCUGUAAUCUAAUUUGCUCUCCAGUUUUUCUGGUUCCUGGAGAGUACUUCUUGGGACCCAGAUUUGACCAUGGCUGGAUGGAGCUGCCUUGUGACAGGUGCAGGAGGGUUUCUGGGUCAGCGGAUUGUUCACUUGUUGGCAGAGGAGAAGGAGCUGCAGGAGAUCCGGGCACUGGACAAAGCUUUCAGACCAGAACUGCUGGAGGAAUUUUCUAAGCUCCAGAGCAAGACCAAGCUGACCAUGGUGGAAGGAGACAUUCUGGAUGAGCAGUGCCUGAAGAGAGCCUGCCAGGGCACCUCAGUUGUCAUUCACACCGCCUCUGUCAUUGACGUCAUGAAUGUCAUUCACCGAGAGACCAUCAUGAAUGUCAAUCUGAAGGGUACUCAGCUCCUGUUGGAAGCCUGUGCCCAGGCUAGUGUGCCGAUCUUCAUCUAUACCAGCACCAUAGAGGUGGCUGGGCCCAACUCCUACAGGGACAUCAUCCAGAAUGCCCACGAAGAAGAGCAUCUUGAAUCAACAUGGUCUGCUCCCUACCCAUACAGCAAAAAGCUUGCAGAGAAGGCUGUGCUAGCUGCUAAUGGGUGGGCUCUUAAAAAUGGUGGCACUUUGCAUACUUGUGCUUUAAGGCCCAUGUAUAUCUAUGGGGAAGGAAGCAUAUUCCUUUAUAACUAUAUAUACAAAGCUCUGAGGAACAAUGGCAUCCUGACACAUCACAGCAAGUUCUCCAUAGUCAACCCCGUCUAUGUUGGCAAUGUGGCCUGGGCUCACAUUCUGGCCUUGAGGGCCCUACAGGACCCCAAGAAGGCCCCAAGUGUCCAAGGACAGUUCUAUUACAUUUCAGAUGACACUCCUCAUCAAAGCUAUGAUGACCUCAAUUACAAUUUGAGCAAGGAAUGGGGCUUCUCCCUUGAUUCCAGAAUGAGCCUUCCCAUAUCUCUGGAAUACUGGCUUGCCUUCCUGCUGGAAAUAGUGAGCUUCCUGCUCAGUCCGAUUUAUAAAUAUCAACCCCCUUUCAACCGCCACAUGGUGACUUUGUCAAAUAGCAUAUUUACCUUCUCUUAUAAGAAAGCUCAGCGAGAUCUGGGGUAUAAGCCACUCUUCAGCUGGGAGGAAGCCAAGCAGAAGACCACGGAGUGGAUUGGUUCGCUGGUGAAACAGCACAAGGAGACCCUAAAAACAAAGACUCACUGAUCUGAGGAUGGCAAGGAUGUAGACCUAGAUGUUGUUGGCAGAAGUCUAUCAAGCUCAUCCCCUCUGGUUUCAUACAGAAAGAAACAAGGGCACAAGCCCAGGUCCUACUGUGUUCCUUUUCCAAGAUGUCCACCUUCCUAUUUUUCUCCUACUACCAGGAACAUUCUCAGCCCCUGGCCCACCUGGAAGUUUUCUGUCUUCCCCACACUCCAUAGGACAUACAAGGAGAUUUGCUGUAGCUGCUGGUACGAAAGCUGCAGCUGCUGGUCCUGAGCUAUUCGGGCCUCUUUCUUGUAGAGUUUUGCCUAUGAGCUCCAUUUCCUUUGUCAUGUGCAAAGCAUUUCUUAUCUUUUACAAAUUCUUAUUCCCGCAUACAGCUCAAGGAAAAGAGUAAUAAAUGUUUUAAUGCCU